AUGGCGGACUACAGUCGGCAUAACAAAAUCCGACCCGGCGAUGCUCACUACCCUCCCUAUACGCCCGUAUCCCUUGUGCGAGAGCUAGGAAUCAUGUUUGGUUUUAUUGGCUUCACAAUAUUAACAAUGGUGGUAUACUGGUUGUGCUGGCAAGCUGCUCAAAGACGGAAUGCUAGCAAAGAAGCCGCCAGGCUCGAGGUUAUGGCUGUUCGCGCGCGCGCUCGCGUGGCGGCUGCGAAGCAGAAUAUUCGCCCAGUAAAUGGCACCGGUGUGGGGAAUAUACAGUGCCUCAGUCAGGGCAAUCUAUGCUCAAGCGGAGCUUUGGAUGAACGAGCAAGACGACUGGCUCGAAAUGGAACUGCUGCAGAUGGCCUGAAAUUUGCAGACCUGGACGACGACCUGGUUGUUUAA